GUUUAUGCGAGUGCUUUGAAAUGGCGUUGCUCCAUCACAAAUAUAUGUAUUUCUGAGUUGUUUAUAGUAACAGUGCUCAUGUAGUGGUCUUUUAAUCUUUUCAAACCCUGCAAUAUACAUUUUGUGACUUAACCGACACACCCGGGUAUCAUUUGUGGGGGGAAAAGACAAUGCAGUAAGGGCUGUUUUUGAAUACUUUGCGCUGCAUAAUAAGGCCUCAUCGAUCCUCAGCCUUUCGUAAGGAUUUCAACCGAUUUCGAAUGCUUGGCCGGUGGCCCCUCUGCUGCAAUCGGACAGUUUAAAUCCCGGUGCCUAAUCAUGGCGAAUACAAUGCACCAUGUGUGACAGAAAGCAGUGGGCUCGGCACCUAUUCCAAGUGAAGUGACACACCACAGUUAACCUGUUACUGGCACUGCCCUGUGCUGCUUCAGUACAAACGCCAUUUGAACUAUAUAUAUUUUUUCAGAGCUCAAUGCAACCGUAAACUAAUUCUAAUUGCAAACUAGUGUCGUGCUGCCAUAUUCACAGAGUAGAUUUAAGCUUAACUGUCAGUCAGUUUACACUCCCAGUAUGGCGUCUGUUCCAGUGUACUGCCUGUGUCGCCUGCCCUACGAUGUCACACGCUUUAUGAUCGAGUGUGACAUAUGUCAAGACUGGUUCCAUGGAAGUUGUGUUGGAGUGGAGGAAGACAAAGCAGCAGAGAUUGACCUGUACCACUGUCCCAACUGUCAGGUCACCCAUGGGCCCUCUGUCAUGAGGAAGCGGCGUGGAGGUACCAAGCAGGCUGAUGCUGGCGGAAGAGACACUUCUGGUCGACCAGUAAAGACAGGUAGCCCGCAGUUUGUCAGGGAGCUACGAAGCCGCACCUUCCCAAGUGCUGAUGAGGUAUUGUUAAAGCCGUCGGGGGCCCAGCUGACAGUGGAGUUCCUGGAGGAGCGCUCAUUCAGUGUUCCUGUCAUGGUCCUCAGGAGGGACGGCCUGGGCAUGAACCUGCCCCCGGGGAACUUCGGAGUCAACGACGUAGAGCACUACAUCGGUCCGGACAGGGAGAUUGAUGUGAUUGACGUGUCUCGCCAAGCUGACCUGAAGAUGCGCCUAGGGGACUUUGUGGAGUACUACAACAGCCCCAACAGAGACCGAGUCCUCAACGUCAUCAGCCUAGAGUUCUCUGAGACCAGGCUGUCAAAUUUGGUGGAGACUCCGAAGAUAGUGAGGAAGCUGUCGUGGGUGGAGAACCUGUGGCCUGAGGAGUCCGUGUUUGAGCGACCCAACGUCCAGAAAUACUGCCUCAUGGGGGUCAAGGACAGCUACACAGACUUCCACAUCGACUUCGGAGGUACCUCUGUCUGGUACCAUGUACUACGGGGUGAGAAGAUCUUCUACCUGAUCUCCCCCACGCCGGCAAACCUUGCCUUGUUUGAGCGCUGGAGCUCCUCGUCCAAUCAGAACGAGAUGUUCUUCGGGGACCAGGUGGACAUGUGCUACAAGUGCUCUGUCAAACAGGGGAACACGCUUUUCAUCCCAACAGGAUGGAUCCAUGCUGUUCUGACUCCUGUGGACUGUGUGGCUUUCGGAGGGAAUUUCCUACACAGUCUCAACAUUGACAUGCAGCUCCGAGCGUAUGAAAUAGAGAAGAGGUUGAGUACAGCCGACCUGUUCAGUUUCCCAAACUUUGAGACUGUGUGCUGGUAUGUUGGCAAGCACCUGCUUGACACAUUCAGAGGUCUGAGAGAGAACCGCAGACACCCUGCUACCUACCUGGUCCACGGAGCCAAGGCCCUCAACAACGCUUUCCGCACCUGGACACGCAAAGAGUCGCUGACUGACCACGAGGUGGAGAUUCCAGAGACCAUUAAGACCCAGCAACUGGUCAAGGACCUGGCCAAGGAGAUACGACUGGUGGAGGACAUCUUCCAGCAAGGCCGCCCUGCGGCUCCUUUCACCUCUACACAGGGCUUCCCCUCGCCCCUCCCCAAAGCCUCCCCUCUAGCCAUCUCCCAGAGCCCUGGCCGCCCCCCGGGGAAGAAGAGAGGCCCCAAACCCAAGGAUGUGUCCCCCAGUCCCAAAAAGAAGGGCCAAAAGGGCUUAAUGAAAGAGGCAGGAGAGCUGGAUCUCCUGGAGAUCCACACCAAACACACACUGAAGAAAUGCCAAUCUGGUAACAAGAAAAACAAGAACAAGUUUGAGCUACCCUUGGAGGAGUUCCAGGGGAAAAUGAGCAAGAGCAAACUGAAGCUGGUGCUGACCAACGGCAAAAUACAGGGCAAGAAGGGUGGUCGUUCGGGCGGCAGUAACAGUGCCGGCCGUGCCCCUCACUUCCAGCACCAUGCUAUGGGAGGGUCUGCACUGUCAGACUUUGAGUCAGAGGACGAGCUACAGAUUGACGAGACACCUCCUCCACGACGCAAGGCUGGGGGAUCCAGCAAGAAGAAACUUAGUGGUCUUCCUAGGAAGCUGCCGAGGGCCAAGCCAUGCUCUGACCCCCAUCGCAUCAGAGAACCAGGAGAGGUGGACUUUGACAUUGAGGAGGACUACACCACAGAUGAGGAGGAGACCAUGACUGUCCAUGGCGUGAAGGGUGGAGCAGGAGGAAUCCUGGACCUGCUGAAAGCCAGCAAACAGGUGGCAGGGCUGGACUCUGCACUCAGUGAGGAAGCCCCAGCCUCUCCCAGCACGCGAGAUGCCAUCCAGGGCAUGCUCUCCAUGGCCAACCCUCCAUCCUCUUCCUCCUCCUCCUCUUCCUCCUCUUCCUCCCCUCGGUCUGUCUCCGGAGGGCUUUCUGAGGGCCUGGGCAUGGUCAAAGAGAAAGGAGGGCGGGCUGUGUGGGUGACAGGAGCCAAUAAGAGCAGAGGGGGAGGAGCCUCCAAAGAGAAGACAACGUUCCAACGCCCUGGGAAGCGGCCUGUCAAGCGGCCGGCCCGUCACCUUAGCGACGAGGACAGCCCAGACGAGCAGGAAACUCUGGGCACCUGUUUUAAAGACGCCGAGUAUGUCUAUCCCUCCUUAGAGUCUGAUGAGGAGGACCAUGCCAACAAGGCCAAGAUGAAGAGGAAGAAAAACUGGGACGACACUCCUUGGAGCCCCAAAGCCCGGGUAACCCCCACCCUGCCAAAACAGGAGCGCCCAGUGAGAGAGGGGGCCAGAGUGGCGUCUGUAGAGACUGGCCUUGCUGCAGCUGCUGCCAAACUGGCACAACAGGAGAUCCAGAAACCCACCAAGAGGAAGUACACCAAAAAGCCCCGCCCCGUUGCCCCACCACAGCCACCUCCUCGGGCUGAGCCGUCCCCUCCCUCCCCCCCUCUAGCCCCGGAGCCUCCCACCCCUGACUUAAGCCCUGAGCAGAGGGUGGAGUGCUACUCUGCCAGCCUACUGGACCAUGAGUACACGGCAGGCCCUGGGGGCCCCAGAGGGAGUGCGGCUAUGGCUCCUGGGGUGUUCCUCACCUCCAGACGACCCUCCCUCUCCCCCCAGAACAGCAGCACUUACUCCCCCUCUACAGUCCCCGCUGGGCUAGCUAGCCCCGGCAGCGCUGGAGCUGGUGGAGGGAAACGUCCAAAGAAAGGACUUGCAACAGCAAAACAGAGACUAGGAAAGAUUCUGAAAAUACACCGCAAUGGGAAGCUUCUCCUGUGAGAGGUGCUUCGGGAGAUAUGGAUGGAUGGAGGACAGAUGGAUGUAAAUUUAAAGAGGACCUGAAAGACAUGACUGCUUUAAGAGAAACUGUUUAUAUUUUUUAAUCUAUAAUUCAAUUUUUUUUCAUCUGGUAUCUUCACCUGCACCUGUCAUUCACUCAUGUUCUCACUCUAUACCACUUUCCAGUCCUUAAUAAUUCAGAAUUGAUUGAAUCUAUAUAGCUGUUUUGUAGCGCUGAAAUAGUCGGCAUUCUACUUUGGUACUCUGCUUUCACAUUUGGUAUUAUUUAUACUUUGAUAUGAAAAAAUAUAUAUACACACACACUACCGUUCAAAAGUUUGGAGUCACAAAUUUCCCUGUUUUUGAAAGAAAGGCAUAUUUUUUUGUCCAUUAAAAUAACAACAAAUUAAUCAUAAAUACAGUGUAGACAUUGUUAAUGUUGUAAAUGACUAUUGUUGCUGGAAAUGGCUGAUUUAAAAAAAAUAUAUACAUAGGCAUACAGAGGCCCAUUAUCAGCAACCAUCACUGCUGUGUUCUAAUGGCACAUUGUGUUAGCUAAUGCAAGUUUAAAGGCAUAAUUGAUCAUUAGAAAACCCUUUUGCAAUUAUGUUAGCACAGAUAAAAAAUGUAAUGAUAAAAGAUGCAAUACAACUGGCCUUCUUCAGACUAGUUGAGAUCAGUAGUUUGAGAAACGGAUGCCUCACAAGUCCUCCACUGGCAGCUUCUUUAAAUAGUACCCGCAAAACACUAGUCUCAAUGUCAACAGUGAAGAGGCGACUCCAGGAUGUUGGUCUUCUAGGCAGAGUUGCAAAGAAAAAGCCAUAUCUCAGACUGGCCAAUAAAAAGAUUAACAUGGGCAAAAGAACAGACACUGGACAGAGGAACUCUGUCUCGAAGGCCAGCAUCCCAGAGUUUCCUCUUGAGACUAGUGUUGGCGUUGAGACUAAUGUUUUGCGGGUACUAUACUAAAGCUGCCAGUUGAGAACUUGUGAGGCGUCUGUUUCUCAAACUAGACACUCUAAUGUACUUGUCCUCUUGCUCAGUUGUGCACCGGGGCCUCCCACUCUUUCUAUUCUGGUUAGGGCCAGUUUGUGCUGUUCUUUGAAGGGAGCAGUACAUAGUGUUGUUAGGGAUCUUCAGUUUCUUAGCAAUUUCAGGCAUGGAAUAGCUUUCCUUUCUCAGAAUAAGAAUAGACUGACGAGUUUCAGAAGAAAGUAAUUUUUUCCUGGCCAUUUUGAGCCUGUAAUUGAACCCACAAAUGCUGAUACUCCAGAUACUCAACUAGUCUAAAGGCUAGUUUUCUUGCUUCUUUAAUCAGAACAACAGUUUUCAGCUGUGCUAACAUAAUUGCAAAAGGGUUUUCUAAUGAUCAAUUAGCCUUUUAAAAUGGAAACUUGGAAUAGCUGAUAAUGGGCCUCUGUAUGCGCCUAUGUAGAUAUUCCAUUAAAAAUCAGCCGUUUCCAGCUACAACAGUCAUUUACAACAUUAACAAUGUCUACACUGUAUUUCUGAUCAAUUUUAAGUUAUUUUAAUGGACAAAAAAAUUGCUUUUCUUUCAAAAACAAGGACAUUUCGAAGUCACCCCAAACUUUUGAACGGUAGUGUAUAUAUUGAGGAGCAUUUAAGCAUUUAGUUGGUCAUGCAUCGCUCAGAUCAAUUGAACAUGUAUCGAUCAAUUCAUUGCUAUAUGAUCUAUCUAAUCAUUUAACCCGUUAAACUUACAUGCAAGAAGCAUGUAUUCAUCAAAUUGACAAUGAAAAAUGUCUGAUAUAAUUCGUAGUUGAUGAUUUAUAGUAAAACAAUUCUUUGAUUUUAUAAUGAAACCCAUGAUAUGACCCAUUCUUCAUUUGACAUGGGUCUCUAUGUGGGUGAGUCAGAAGGAGUGAAGGUUUUAAAUGGAUAAAUAAAAUAUAAGUUUCUUUCUAGACAAUUCAGCCAAAUUGGAUUUUUAGGAAUGAUUUAAUCCGUUUGAGAUUAACUCAUGUUGUUUUGGAUGACUUAGCUUUUUACAUGUAUUAUGUGCUAGUAGGCUUGCCUCCCAUUCACCCCUUUACAGUUGUGUUCACAUCUCUGUUCUCAACUCACUUUUGACUCUAGUUUACUUUUUUAUGUCUACAAACUUAGGUUAUUACUUUUAUUCACCACCCAGGUGUUUAUUUUUCCCAUGUAGAUAGCAACCAAACCUUUUAGAAAGGGGAUCUCUUCACCAGAAUUUAUGUAGAUAUUUUCAAAGAAAUGAUUGGUGUGCAAAUGACCCCAAGAAAGAAUUAACUUGUGUUAACUUGAUUGUAUUAAUUUAACUUAGCCUGGGUACCAGUCUGUGUGCCAUCAUGUCACUCCUUGUCGUAGCAUGUCACAUACUGGUACCCAAGCUACAUUGAACUCACUUCUGGAUGAAGUUCUGUGUUUUUAGAUGUGUAUAUUUUGGAAUUUAUAUAUCCACCUAGUCAAUACAGUACUGUCAUGAUAUGAAGAAUCUGGUUGCUAAUCAUUUUCAAAUCCACCAUGGUUUGUAUUCAAGUCUUUGGUAGUAUAGACUUGAGCCAGCAGUUGUAGGAUAUGUCCCAAAUGGAGCCCUAUUCUGUAGUGCACUACUUUUGAACAGGACCAAAUGCAUUCUGGUUAAAAGUAGCAUACUAUUUUGGAAAUGUGGUGCCGUUUGUGACGCAUAUGUAAAAUUAUGUGUUUUAUUUAAGGAAUGUGCUACACAUAUAGAGACAGUUGUAGUGUUCUGUAAGGAUGUUGAAGUCGGGAAGCAGAGAUUUGAUAAUGAUUCUGAUAUGUACAUCGUUGUAAUUUUGUUUUUAUAUAGUUCAAAGGAGAAGUCUUUUUGUUGUUAUUGCUUAACAUACCUUGUAUAAAAAUACAUGUAAUUUGGAAAAAUGUUUGAAAUAUUCAAAGUUUUAUUUGUAUGCAGUAAUAAUCAUGUACUUUUUAGUUGGUCAUGUAUUGUUAUAAUGGAAUAAUGAAGUUCCUGAUUUAUCA